AUGAGAUGUGACAAUUAUUGCCCAAGAUGUGGUGAAACAGAAGAGUCAGUAACACAUGCGAUUUUCGAAUGUCCACCUGCUCUACAAGUUUGGUUACUUUCAUCAACUCCAAUGAAUGCUGAUGUUUUUCCAGCACCAAGUAUCUACACGAAUAUGGACUACCUCUUCUGGCAAAAGAACGGUAUACUUGAACCAGAGCAAGACAGAGAUCCUUAUCCCUGGCUAAUUUGGUACAUCUGCAAGGUUCGAAAUGACAAAUUCUUUAGGGAAAUAGACAGAGAUCCUCUGGAACUAGUUCGAUAUACUGAGAGUGAAUGUCAAGCUUGGUUUAAUGCCAAUAAGACGAUACCACCAGAGGUACAAAAGAGUAAUGUAAAGGAACUCCAAGUCAUAAGCUUGGGCAAUAUUUGCUUACUGGAUGGAUCAUGGACAUCUCAUGCUCAAUUUAGUGAGUGUGGAUGGGUCUGGUUGGACAGUGGCGGAAAUACGCAACUCAUAGGAUCACAGAACUUCUCCAGAAGAGAAUCAGCUAUGCACUCAGAAGUGGGAAGCACUGCGAUGUGCGAUGGAGAAUAUGCUUCAGCAUUCAACAAGUCAGAACUUCAGAACAGAUUGCAAAGAAUUGAUUGCUAUGAUCAACGAACCUCAUGCUUAGUCAAAUUUUGCUACGGAACUAGAGAGGAUAGAGACAUUGCUCAUAUGCUUCCUGGAGUUCAAGAUUUCUUAUGUUCCAAGAGUGCGUAA